AUGGAUAAUCGCCGUUUGCGUGGAAUACUUCUAAAUCUUCAAGAUCGUCUUAGUGAUGAUGAUCGAAAACGUCUCCAUUUCUUUCUUGCUGAUGAUGUACCUCGCCGUAUUCGAGAUGAUCAAUCACUUGGUGGAACUCUCAGUCUUUUAGAAAGUUUAUUCGAUCAAGAAAAGAUUCAUCCAACUGAUGUGACAUUGUUGAUUAGAGCAUUCGAACAGAUCGGAUGCUUUGAUGCUGCCAGAUGUCUACGAGCACACAUGAAUAAUACGAAUGAACCAACACGAAGUCUAUCUGAACUCAUGCCAUCGCUCAUCGAUCGGUUAAUGCUAGAUGACGAAGAUCAUGCCACGAUUAGGACUAGACUUGUUGAUGAAACGAAUAAUAACAAUGAGUGUAUUGAUCAGAUACCAACAAUACCUGUAAAUAAAAUACAGAGAAAACCUCUCGUACAUUCUCAACAAUCAUAUUAUUGUUGUGCGAAGACUCGCUAUCGUUGA